AUGGAAGAACUAUUAGAAAAGGAUAUGAUAUGCCACUACAGUCGCAACUUAAAGAAGGCCAUGGUGAGAAACUCGUACCAUGGUGGAAGCUUGCAGAAAGAUCUAAAGCACAUUCAAAGACAACGAAAUCAACUGGUGCACUCGUGGGAAAUGAAAAAGCAGACGUUUGCGCAGCGUGCCAAAUGCACUAAGCUGCCCUCAUCGUGGCACAGCCAAGAUGACAAGGAGAAAAAGGAUUCAACAGAACAACUUUCUGAUAGGCUUGGGGGUAAAGAAAGUAGUGCUAUUCACAUAAAAUCUGACAGGGAUGUCCUGGGAAGAAAUGAGUUGGUAUCUCGGCAGAGUAUUGUUGACAAAGAGGUCUUCCGCAGGCUCAAAAGAAGCGACACACACCCAGCUAGCACGGCUCUAACAGUCAAGGAUAUUCAUUCAAAAAUGUCUUCUGAUAAUAACAGCUUGUCAGUUAACACCACUGACGUUCAAUGCCCUUCCCCGAGUAUUUCGAGAUUUAGUUACCAAUUGAACAACUUGCAUAUAAGUCCAGAAACAACCAUCGCAACGAGAAAUUCCAGCUCUUUGAGUCCGUGUCCUCCGAGACCCCCAAUACAGUAUUUACAGAAAAGACCACAGCACGCUGGCUCUUUGGAUCCCAAAGAACUGAACAAAGUCAUUUCCUCCUCUCCUCAUGAUGUUACACAACGUAAACGGGCAUCUACCUGGAAAGGGAAGCAAAAUAAACCCUCCACAGUCCUAGGAAUUCCACAAGGCGAUAGCGCGUCUGAGAAAUCGAAAUGGGUAAGUGAAACCUUAAGACUGUUGUGUCCACACGAGUCCGUUUAAGAAUUGUGAACGCGUAGAAACAUACGUUCAUAAACGGAUUCUGUCCACACGUUAAUGAUGUAAACAUACCAGUCUCUACAACUAGAGUAUUGUUAAACAGAAGAAUGUCAUUUUUGUGUAAACGCAUAUUAAGUUCUUGUGCAUUUUAACGAAUUCAGACGGACACGGCUUGUGUCGAUGAGUAAGCCCAAGUUAAAGGCUACGACGAAAGGUGAAGCUAUUAACACAAACCCUAGAUCUAAAACGGUGAGUUCAGCCAGGCCGCCGUAACAGUGCAACUUGAAAGGUAAUUGUUCUUUCAGUUGAGGCAAUUGUAAAACAACGUCCUUGGGACUUGAAAGGACCUCAAACCUUUCUGGUACAUGGGCCACAGGACCCCCAGAGACUCAGUGCUGGCUCGAUCGCAGGCUAAAAAAAUACAGAUAUGUACACAGCUAAUUCGUCUCUUACACAUUGAUGCUGAGAAAAUCCUUGAACCAGGUCGAUAUUUCGUAGGAGAUUUUUUAUUUCGAAAUUUAAGUCAUAAGUAGGACAAUGGACUGUGAGUUUAACGUCUUACUUUCCUCUUAAUUUUUGUUGCUUUUUAGGACCUCGAGGAAAAAAGUGAUGUUGCGAUUCAAGGAUUAACGACCUCCUCACGGAUGGCAGGAAUGCAUGAUCAUGAUUCGGCGGGUGCUCCAAAGUUGAGAAAAAUAUCAGUAAAAGAUCUGUUCUUUCCGAACUGA